CUUCUCCCAAUAAAUCCCCCCACAGGCCACCAUUACCAAAAACCUCCCAUUUUCAUCCCCUUCCCAAAACAGCCAUAACCCACUUUUUUUUUUUGGUCUCUUCUGGUUCAUCUACAUACAAUGGCAGCACCAAAAUUCUCUCUUGCUUUUACACUUACAAUUCUCUCUAUAUGGACCGUUGAUGCUGCCCACCACCACGCGUCGGCGCCAUCACCUUCCUCAUCCUCUGUGGACUGCUCGUCCCUCAUCUUGAACAUGGCGGAUUGUCUGUCCUUUGUGUCGAGUGGGAGUGAGGUGUCGAAGCCAGAAGGAACAUGUUGUUCUGGCUUGAAAAGUGUGCUGAAAGCUGACCCCGAAUGUUUGUGUGAGGCUUUUAAAAGCAGUGCUUCUCUGGGUGUUACUCUCAAUGUCACCAAGGCCUUGACUUUGCCUGCUGUUUGCAAAGUCUCUGCUCCUUCUGCCACUAACUGCGCAAUAUCGCUCACUCCUGCUGGUGCGCCAGGUGUGGAACCAUCAACAACAGCAGGUGCGCCCACAGCAUUCUCAGGAGCAAAUGAAGUAGCACCGGCACUAGCUCCUGGUAGCUCAGGCUCUCCAAUGCUUUCUGCUUCAAUCGGAUCUCUUGUCGUGGGCCUCAUAAUUAUGUUAGUCUCUUGUUAAGUGUUAGCGAUAUUAUGAGCGGAGGGAGGGUAUCAUAUGAGACCAUUUUGAUGUUUAGUUUGUUCAUGUGGGAUUUACCUUUUGUUUUGAUGUGUGGGUGGAGUAGAGAGCAUUCAUUUUGUGGGUUACAGGAAAUUGUGUUUGAACUUUGGACCAUCCUUUGGAUA